CUGUGAUUUGUAAUUGUCAAAGUCAACAACAACAAAAUAAAGUAUUGCUUGGACUUGUUUCGAUUUGUCUUUUUUUAAUUUAUUUAAUUGAACUUUGGAUUUACAAUUAUAGAAACAUGGAUAGUAUGCUGGGAAAGAUCAUAUGCAGAACCUGUCUUACCGAGGCUUCCGGUUACAAGUCUUUACUAACAAAAAUGGACGGAGAAGACCGAACCUUGCGGGAAGUUUUGUCUAAUUUCACGAAUAUGGAUAUUUUGUUAAGCGAUAAGUAUCCCAAACAGGUUUGUUUCGAGUGCUAUACGAUGAUAUUCAAGGCUGAUGAGUUCAAAAAGCGAUGUUUACAGUCGGAAACCAUAUUAAAAAAUGGUUUCCUAUCCCACACUUUCGAAGAACUUAUUAAACGCGAAAUGGUUCAUACUGAUCACCCUACUGUCGGCAAUACCCAAAUGAACAACAGUUACGAAGUUUGCGUAACAAAUAAUCUCCCAGCCUCUGGUGAGAUAGACAUAACUGUUAUGGAAAAUUACUAUAACACAACAGAUAAUCUUAAAAACGACAUACAAUUUGUUAAAGAGGAACAAGAUGAUUUUUUACACGACAGUAUUGAUGAUUUACACGAGGAUAUGAUUCCUGAGAGUGAGUCUGUCCAAAACAUAGGCAUAGUUAUCAAUAACACAGGUCUAAAAACCGAUAAAAAAAAAUUAAAAGGCAUCGAAAAAUCAGAAUUUGGUCCAAACACUUACGAUAUCAUAUCAGCGUGUACAUUAUGUGAAGAAGAAUUUCACGAUUUCUCGCUUCUACAAGCUCACAUGCUGUCACAUAAAGAAAAAAACAUUGACAAUGUCGACUAUCAAUGUACAGUCUGCAAAAGCAACUUCACAAACAAACUAUCAUACAAAAUUCACAUAAAAACUCACAAAGAGAAAGUAAGAAUGAAACACAAGAAAACAAAAAGUAACAUUGAAAAUAAAAAUGGUUUGAAUUUAAUGUUAAUUUGUCCAAAAUGUGGGGAGAAGUUUACCAAAAUGGAUUUGUUUCAGUCACAUUUGAAAACUCAUAAAGAGGAGGACAAAAUUGAUGAAGUUGUUAAUAAUAUUAUAAAGUUACAGAAUGAAGUACAGAGGUACCAAUGUUCUCUGUGCAUGCGCAAGUUUGCACGCAGGUCAUCAUUAGUUACUCAUUUAAAACGACAUGACGAUAGGGCGCAGAUUAAAUUUCCAUGUAAAACUUGCAAGAGAGAGUUCCAGCACAAGGCUCACCUGGAGAACCAUGUGGUGCUGGUGCACUCCAAAGAGAAGGGCUUCACCUGCAACAUCUGCAACAGGAGCUUCUCCACACAGGAGAGCCUGGACAGCCAUAAGGAUCGACACAAAGCAGAUAGGAAACAUGAAUGCAAGGUCUGCAGUAAAAGCUUCACAAUGCUGUCAACCCUGACGGAGCACACCAAGAUCCACACCGGCGAGAAGCCGUACCUGUGCUCGGUGUGCGGCCGCGGGUUCAGCCAGAAGAACAACCUGAGCCAGCACAUGCGCCGUCACCAGGGGCUCAAACCCUUCAAAUGUGACACUUGCGAGAGGGGGUUCGUGUCUAAGGGUGAGCUAGAGGCGCACGCUCGCAAGCACAGCGGCGCGCAUCCCUUCGUGUGCGACGACUGUGGGGGCAGCUUCACCACAUCCAGUUCCUUGACCAAGCACAGGAGAAUACACACAGGGGAGCGUCCAUACGCCUGUGACCUGUGCCCCAUGAGGUUCACCGCACUCAACACACUGAAGAACCACAGACGUACACACACUGGUGAGAAACCUUACCAGUGCUCCCACUGUGAGAAGGCCUUCACUCAGAGGAACGAUUUAGUGUCACAUAUACGAUGUCACACCGGUGAGAGACCCUAUAUAUGCACGUGCUGUGGCCAGGCCUUCAGGAAAGCCUCCGCUUUGAAGGUGCAUAUAAAAGUGCAUAGCAAAGAUGGUAUGGUUAUGUAGAUUUAGUAAAUAGGUAAAACAAGUUAAAGUGAGAAACCAUACCAGAGCUCCCAUUCUGACACGAUCUGGUGUCAACUUAGACUAAUUGUAUAAAGAGAUACCUUAGCAUUCCAUGGAUUCACGGUACAGGUGCCGGGUCCAUCGCGUGGUAGAGAGAAAAACACCAAGCAAAGUCCAGGACUUGUGACUACUGGAUGUAGGGUUAAGGUAUUCCUUGACGAUCGAUCAACACUCCCCUUCUUUGCUCGUGUUGUUCCCUGCCUAGCCAAAUUUGGUAAGAUCCUAUUAGAGCAGCUUUGGAUACUCGUUCUUAUAUAGAACUAGCUGCACUUCUAGAGAGGCCAAGAUCUUUAAGCAAGUUAUAGAGAGAUUUGGCUGGUAAUCCUCUCGCACCUACUUCUACGGAGUACAGACAAACUACAUAGCCAUUUUUAGUUAGUUUAUUUGUUUGGUCAUAAUAUUUAUUUAUUUUUAAACUGUGGUCCUUCGGAAUGUUAGUCUCCCACGGCAGAGUAAGCUCUACAAGUACUAUUCGCUUUGUUUGUUUGGACAAAAGGAAAAUAUCUGGUCUAGAUCUCGAAAUACCGACAUAGUAUCACACCCAAAUUCACAAACAAAAUAGUCUGUCAUUUUCUGAGGAGAACGACCUUAGAUUUGGUAUAUAUCUUAUACUAAGUUUUUUCCUGUAUUUUCCACCAUUCAACCACACAAAAAGGUAUUUUUCGAAGCUUUUAACCGAGGAACAAGAUUACGACUAUGUAACUUCGAAUCUACGAGUAUAGAGGCAGUUUUUAUAAUCGCAUUAGAUCGUUGAUCACAUGCUUCGACAGAAAAGUAACAUCUAUUGAGGCAGGUCCUUAUGUGAUUAGUCUGAGGGUAUCACACAUACGAAGUCCGAUGGUUAUACAGCUUUAGUAAAUAGGUAAUAUAAGUUAAAUUAAAAUUAGAAGAAAACUUGGGUACUUGCCUCUUUACCAUUCGUUCUGUGGAUUAUGACGUCAUUUGAAAUACAUACGAUUAUUUAUAAAUUAAAUAACAUUAUUUAAUAUUUUUUUUUAAUUUAAAAAUAUUUCUUACUAUUAGCAUGAAACUUGAUGAUAUUAAAAACAUUUUUUCAAGUGCGAAAAAAAUUUUAUUUUAUUUAAUUAAUUUAUAAUUUAAUUAAUAUCAUCGUGAUCCAAGGAACAAUAUGAACUACCUAGGAGUGAAUAUUAUUAAGAAUUGAAUGAAUGGAAUAAAUCGAAAUAAAGACUGAAAAUUAAAAUCUCUGGUGUUUGUGUUUAUUAGUUUUUAGCAAUGAUAUUUUAUACUACAGAUAGGACAUUAGCGCAUCAAAACUGAGGUGAAAAUGUGCAUAAUUGUCUUAAUUUCAUUUAGUCGCUUGUUAAACAACGAACGUUAUUUAAACAAAUAAUACCUAAAUAUCGUAUACAAUGUCGAGUUGUGUGUUUAGGAAGUGUAAAAACUGUAUAUACAUGAAUAUAUAAUGGAAUUAAAGACAAAAUUGUGCGUGUGUGCGCUCAGUGGUGUAGCUGAAUUCGGAUCACUUUUUGCGAUGAUUUUGUAGGCACGUCUAAAGUAUAAAAUUAUCAUUGGUUUUUAGUGAACUGAGAUAGAUAAUUUGUAAAUAAGGUUCUGAAAUAAUACAUCAAUAUCUAAAUCAAUUGUACAAAAACUGUUAACAAUAUUAAUUUAUUUAAAUGUAAUAAAUGACGAAAAUCGGUUAUAUGAAAUAAAUACUUACUUUGAUAUUGAGCUAAAAAGUAGUUAUAUAGGAAUUUGUUCAUCAGUUUCAGAUAUUAGCAUGAACAGACAGACUAAUGAAUAAUGAAUCUGUUUGUCGACUUAUAUGAAUAAUAAACUAGUGUUUGUACGAUUUUCACAAUUAAGUUAUUAGGAAACCUUUGUACAAUAUUAAUGGGGAUGAUGACUAGGUUUGAAUAUAUUGAUUUUUAUGAUUCAUUCGGGUAAUUAAGGUCAAUGUUAACUAAUUUGUACAUAAAAAGCAAAGAUUGUAUGGAUAUUUGCAAAAUAAAUGAGAUUAUAAAGUUUCGAAAUCUAUUAAAAAUCUUUUAUCGUUAUUAGAUUUGACAUUAAAUGUGACAUUUUUUUUAAAUAUUAACUAUAAACAUAAACGCACAAAUAACAAAGAUAUUAGUAAUUUUGUUUGAACGCACAUACAAAUCUAACGAUCAUUAUUUACCUAAGACGUCAUUAGUUCGUACCAUUUUGUAUGGGGCGUUUUUCAGGGAUCCGCGGCAGCGCCGCAAAACUGACCCUUUAAAUCCCUGUAGCUCCGAAAGUAAUGAUCGCAGAUACCCUGUUCCUUUUACAAAAUUGCUUUACUAUUAGCAUACUAUUAAUUUAUAUACAAUUUAAAAAACUGUCAUCAUCGCUAUUGUAUUAUAAUAAUAACUUAGUGUCAUUGUAGGCGAAUAUUUGGUGAUAAGAUCAAUUGAUUUGGUGAUAACUUGAGGUGAGGUAAGGAGGUAAGUAGCUACGGCCGAAGCCUCCCACCAGCCAAAAGUAUCUUUAGUCAUGAAUAAGUAACUUGAACGAAGGAUGUUUAGCUUUAGUUGUAAGGUAUUACUGUUUGUGCGUAAAAAUGAAGGGGUGUUAGCAAAUAAGUAACAUGUUUAAUUUAUUAUUCCAAUCUAAGAUGGAAGCGGGCUAACUUGAAAAUCCCUACCCAUUUAGGUUUUUAUAAAUUCAUCGUACCGGAACGCUAAAUCGUAAAAGCGGUACGAAUUUGCCUAUAGGGUGGUAACUAGCUACGGCUGAAGCCUCCCUCCCACAACCACCCUUAGACAACUUAAGUAAUCUACAAACAGCCGAGUCGGGUAUCGAACCCAGGACUUCCGUCUUGUAAAUCCACUACACAUACCACUGCGCCACGGGAGCGGUCAAACAUCUCUCAUCAAUUUAUUAUUAUCUAUCAUUAGUGAUAUGCAUUUUUUGGUAAACAGGUUUCGAUGUCUCACGCCUCUCCCUGUGUCGCUCUAAAUAAUUUAACAAUACACACAGCACAGCACAAUCACAUUUUUGUGUGUAAACAGAAACACGUAUGUGCUGACAUUACUACUACAUUCAAAACUAUACCGUCUUCCGGAAAUGGGAUAUCUAUGAUUAUUAUUAUUUAACUAAUUUAAAAUAAUAUUUAAUUGUGAUUAUUUUGUAAAUGUGUAAUUAAAGUUCUCUUGAUGAGAGUGUUAUUAUUUUAAAUAAUAUCACAACAUAAUGUAUUACUUUUAAGAUUUUUUUUAUACAAUGUUGACAAUGUAAACAUUAAAUUAUGUAGUACCUACUUAUAGUUCAUUGAAAUGUUACAUGAGCUUUGCAUUUUUUAGAGGACGCAUUUUUCAGGUGUUGUUUUCACUCCUUUUUUUCAAGAUGGCGGCCGGGGGUCAAGGGUGGCGACCCCAUAAACUUGAGGUUAAGCUUCUAUGGACACAUGUCCCAAAAAUAAAAUUGCAUCCUCUAAAAAAUGCAAUACUAGGUCCUUAAAUUGUAACAUUUCAAUGAACUAUUAUGUGACCGACUUAGAUUGGAUUCUACUGUAAAUAUUAAGUACUUUGAAAAAAAUAUGUCGAUAUAAAAUCGUAUUUUCUUUUAUAAGUUUUAAGUUUACCCGUCCCUUGUAGAUAAACAUAAACCACAAAAUAUUGCCUAUUUAAACAUUUAUAAUUUAUCGCUUACGAGCGAACUUAGUGUUACUUACACUUAGUGUUUUUGGCAUUUAGUAAUAUACGAGUAUGUACCUAUAUAAUUUUAUACGAGUAUGUAUAUAAUUUUGGAUACAUAAGAGUACUUGGAAUCAUUGUAAAAAUGAGAUAUGAAUUUUGGAAUGAAAUACAUAAUUUGAUUGUAAUAAUUUA